CAAAUCGACUCAUUCGAAUAAUCAGAACAACAACGCUGGAACAGAUCGAGGAGACAACGAGGAAAAGAUGAUAUGGAUAUUGUUGCCGUUCCAGGAGAGGAAAGGGAAAAGAAACAAUGUCAUCCACUGCCUUGCACCGCCCCGUCAAGUACCGCAAAUCGGUUGGUAGCUUGAUUUUGACCCCCACAGUGUUGAGUUUUGCUGGAGACGAUGGUCUGACCACAGAGGAAUGGCCUUGGACUUCUUUGCACAAGGCCACUGCCAACAAGGCGGGAAGCGCCAGUGAUCGAUUAAAGGUGACACUGCUCGAAGAUGGUCACGACGACUUGGUCUAUUCGUUCAAGUCACGAGAAAAAUUGGAAGUGGUCAAGGGAGAUGUGAAAACGAGAAUCAAAUCAGCCAAGCAACAACAGCAAAAUGGCAAUGGCAACGCCAUGGACAUGAGUCAGAGUGAGCGAUGGGAAGAUAGCAUGAAUGUCAGUGAUCGAUGGCCUGAACCAGCAGAACUCAAAGCGACUCCACCAGAUCCACCAGAAGCAACGGAGACCAAUCUAGUAGUAGAGGAAUCAAAAGAAGAAGACCUCGCCAUGAGCAACAGCAGCAACGCUUCCGGAACUAGUGGCCGUCGAAGAUCUUCCACAACCAAGAAAAACACCAAACGUCGAUCUUCCAAUACUAGCAACAGCGGUGCCUCUUCCAGAGCAGACACCUCGUCUGACUCUCAAAAAGAUUCGGCAUCUGUUAGAAGAAAACAACAAUCCAACGAUGAGGAGUCCUUCGAAUCGUCUUCCCGUUCCAUGCCAGCUCGAGCUCCAACGAAUCAUUCGGAGGAAUCUUCCACCGUAUCACAGCAAGCAACGAAUACGACAGAUACUCAAGACAGAGAAGCUAGCCAGCACAAUACGAGACAGUCUCGACGACCAAGCCAAACAAGUCAGAGAUCCAGAAACAGCACCACGAGAACCAGACAGCGACCAUCUGCUGCCAGUAACACCAGCAUUCCCACAAGUGUCAACCUCCUAGACACAACCGAAGACGACAACAUAUCCAUGGGUUCGGAAAUGACAGCUAAUUCGGCUCGGGCCAAUAAUAAUAAUAGCAGCAACAAUCAAAAGCCGACACAAUCAAGCGAGGACCGUGUUCUGGAAUACUUUAGUGAUGAAGACGAUUUCUCGGCCGAAAGUGGGGCAAUUCAGCCACCGUCGAGAACGAAAAUCCAUCAACCUCGACAAGCAAGAGUGAUAUACGAGGACGACGACGAGGAUAGUCAAUUCUCUGCGGAUACCCGACAAUCCAUGUCUUCUCGCAAUUCGAGUAGCAGCUCGAAGAAGAAGAAAGAAACGGGGUUCCUUUUCCAAGAGCAAUGCCAAUGCCAACAAUAA